CGCUCGGCGCGGAGCUGCAGCCGGCGGCGGCCGGGCAUGGCCGCGCUCCUCCGCCUCGUGUUGUUCAUGUACUUCACAAGUGUAUCUACUGCUCAGACUGCUGACUGUCUGCACUUGAGGGAGCAGUGUAUAAAUGCUGCAAAUGGAUGUGAGAGUGUCUGGAAGGUAGUUGAAGAUGUCUGCAAUAUUUCAGUUCUAGGUAAUAGGUGCAAGGCAGAAGACGCUAUUGGAUGUAAUAGAAUCAUCCAGGUCCUGGCUGACAAAUACCCAGAAUUUAAAACCUGUGUCUGCACUACAGACAAUUUUUGUAGCAUCACGACUUUGCUUGGGAAACAGUGCAGCAUUGAUAAAGAAUAUUUGGAAACUUCCUCAAGAUCAGACGCUGGACAGAAUUUUAGGCAACACAGAAAUGUCAAAGGCCAAAGACACCCGGAAGAAUCAGAGAACGACUGCAGUAUUGCAAAACAACGCUGCCAAGAGGACCCUUACUGCUUUUUAGUCUAUAAGAGCUUCCAGCGAGCGUGCAAGGUGGACACAGCAAAAUGCAGGCUCCCGAGGGUCAAGCAGGAGUGUUUGUCAGCGGGACAAGAACUGAGGAAAACAGUGCUGGGAGAGUGCAAGUGCUCAGAGCCACUUCAGAUGAGAUGCGUUAAAAUAUGGAGGGGAAUAUUUAACAAUCCUUGUUUACAAUACUCUCAAGAAAGCCAAGCUUCAGCAGCUAGUGAAAGUGAUGAUGAUGAUGAUGAUGAUGAUGAUGAUGAUGAUGAUGAUGAUGAUGAUGAUGAUGAUGAUGACAACCUUGAUGGUGUUGAUGAUGAUGACGAUGAUGAUGUUGAUGAUGAGAAAAAUCAGGACACUGACACAGAUAAUAUUAGUACAGAAACAAAAUUACAAUGGAGUUUAUCUGCUCUGUCCAACCAAGCAUACACAGCAAACAGAACCUGUUUGGAUGUGAACAAGGAGUGUGUUGAAGAUGAAGUAUGUAACAAACAGUUGUCCCUGUACCUUAAGUUUUGCUCAGUAAAUAAGAAGUGCAACAUGGAAGAAUGUCAAGCAGCCAUAAGUUUCUUCUAUCGAAAUAUGCCUUUUGAAGUUGCCCAAAUGCUUACAUUUUGUGACUGUGUCCAGCCUGAUGAAUCCUGCCACAGAGCCAAAGAACUUCUCCAUGGCAAACCCUGCGCAGUUACUACAGUUCCACCCCCAUCAUGUCUGAAUGUAAUCCACAUGUGUGAAGAGAAUGAGUUUUGUAGGAAAAAAUAUACAUCUUUUCAGUCCAAGUGUUGGAGACAUAUGACAAAAAAAUGCUACAAUGAUGAAGCUUGUCUUGAAACUUUAAUUAAGGAUGACAUCCCCUGUUCUGCAAAUGCUGAUUGCAAAGCAGCCUACAUUAGCAACUGGGGCACGAUGCUGCGCAUGGAGUGUACCUGCCAGAAUUUACCUCCCGCGGAGCAGUCUUUGUGCAAGCUCUUCCAUCACAUGCUUCACAGCAAAUCCUGCUUCACUGAGUUACGUCGAAUUUCCAUUAAGAAGAAAGGUUUUCGUUGGUUAAAUACAAAAAUACCAGGAGAAAAGCUUUCCAGAGAACAGCUCCAUUCUUCUUCAAUUAACGGUGAAAAAGUCUACAUUAUUGCCUAUUCCUCCUGCGUAGUUCUCAUCCUAGGAAUAGUCUUGUCGACUCUCCUAAAGAUCAGGCAAUACCCGAAGUGCUUAAUUCUCCCCGUGCACUGUACUGGGAGCCAUGGUCCCUAACACACCACUCUGGAUCCCACUUUCUGGCUAUGAGUUCUGGAUUUCUCCCUGUAGCUGAGUUGCUUUGCUAGAUUUAAGCUUCUAUAUACUAACAAAUAGUUGCCUUUGUUGUAUCUGUAACAAUCUGGGUCUUGUCAGCACAGGAAAAUGGACUGGCAUUUCUUAUACAACUGUUACCAUGAGUAGCAUAUGUAUUGUUUUGUUUUGAUAGCAUCUGAUAAAUUGAUAUUUUGAAUUUUAUUAAUUUGAAUUUUGUUUGAAUUCCCACUAAACAUAACUCACACAACAAAUAGGAUCAGGAAUGAAAUACUGGUUCCACUGAAUUCAGCUCCAGUUUUGACCCUGGCUGAUUCAGACCUAGGGCUAGAAAUUUAUGAUGUGAUCAGAGGAGCAGGAAUAUCUAUUCUUCAAUGUGACUUUUCUUCUGGCUUUGGUAGUUUGUGAAAC